UUUUUACCUAUUUUGACAAGUGACAGUGACAGAAGUCAAGUGACAACAAGAAAGUGCAAUCGUGAAAUUUAAUUUAGAAAUUAAAAAAUGUCAUUUUUUGGAACUGCCCUUGGUGGAAAUCCCUUUUCGACACCCGUAGGAUCCAGAAUUGAACAAGCGACAGAUGGAACGUUGGCUUCUGAAAACUGGAGUCUUAAUAUGGAAAUAUGUGAUCUGGUGAACGAAACAGAAGACGGCCCCAGAGAUGCCGUUAAAGCCAUAAGGAAACGUCUCACUCAAAAUGCCGGAAAAAACUACACAGUCGUGAUGUAUACUUUGACCGUUUUAGAAACAUGUGUAAAAAAUUGCGGAAAAAGGUUUCACGUUUUAAUUUGCAACAAAGAUUUUGUGACAGAAUUGGUAAAAUUAAUCGGCCCUAAAAACGACCCGCCUACAGCUGUCCAAGAAAAAGUUUUAAGUUUAAUCCAAUCGUGGGCAGACGCGUUCAGGAAUCAACCGGAAAUGUCGGGAGUAGUUUCGGUUUAUCAAGAUCUUCUAGCAAAAGGAAUUGAAUUUCCUGCAACUGAUUUGGACUCAAUGGCGCCUAUUCAUACUCCUCAAAGGAGUGUGGAAACAGAAGUUCCAGAAGAAGUACCGAUUCCUCAACAUUCGUCACCUACACCACAUCUUCCUAGUCCCACAGGAUCUUUAAGUCCGGAACAAAGAGCCAAGUUGCAGUCGGAACUAGAUGUCGUACAGAGUAAUAUGAACGUUUUGGGGGAAAUGCUGAGCGAGAUGAAACCUGGAAAUGAACAACCCGACGAGCUGGAAUUGCUUCAAGAGUUGCACGUAACUUGUCAAAGUAUGCAAGAGAGGUUGGUGGAUUUAAUCAGUAAAUUGUCCAACGACGAACUGACUGCUGAACUUUUACGCAUUAACGACGAUUUAAAUAAUUUAUUCUUACGGUAUAGUCGCUGGGAGAAGAAUAGGGAUAGUGGGAAACAAUCGGCUUCUGCAGUUUUAGCUAAGGCCAUACCACCCAUUAAUAAACCUCCCCUACAAUCAGAAGACAGUCUUAUAGACUUUGGUGAUGACUUGCCUGAACAGCUUAGCAAAUUAAGUACUGGUGCUAGUGCCUCAACUCAGUUGUCUUCAAUCGAAUCUGUGACCGCCAAAAAUGCUUCCGGAAAAGGCGACGAUGAAUUUGACAUGUUUGCCCAAUCAAGAAACGUCUCUUAUGAAAGUUCUAAAAGCAGUGGCAGUACGUAUAAGGACAAUUUGGAGCCGGACCAGAUACCUGGAGGGCUAAGCUCUGUGACUCAAGGAAAACAUGCUACUCCGCCAGAUCUUGAAUUUGACGAGAUGGCACAGUGGCUUGGGCAAACAACAGGUGGAGAAGAAUCAGUAACAAGUAGCGAAUUUGAGCGGUUUUUGGCCGAAAGAGCGGCAGCAGCGGAACAGUUGCCUACUGUCACAGGCAGUACCAAUAGCACCAGUGCAAGGAAUACGUCAGCGAAGGACGAUAAAAGUCUUUUUGCUUUAUAAAUGUUUAUUUUUAUAAUUUAUAAGUAUUAAGGAUGCUCCAUGAGUUUUAUUUUUUGGAAGGAAGAUAAGUGGAUUUUAUUUUUUGGAAUACCAAAUGUGUUUUUAUUUUGGUGUGAGUUUCAUGGAGUUUUUGGGCGAGUUUAAUAUCAUUAGUGUUUUUAGAUAUUUACAUACAAAUAUCAUAAUUGUUACACUUGUACUUAUAAGUACAUGUAAAUAAAAUGUUUUUAAUUUCAUAUAAAAUUUCCAAAAUUUUUGCAGUUGUAAUUUUUUCUUGAGAGAGGAGUUGAUAUGAGUUUAAUUUGUAAAUAAUGUAAUUCACAUUUAUUUAAAUGUAUUUUAUUUAUUUGUGUUUCUAAUAGAUGUAGCGUAUUUUUGUCGAAAUUAUAAUUCAUCGUGCGGAAUGAAUCACGCAGGAAUUGUAGAAUUUAUGAGAUUCGUAGCAUUUUUAUGAUAAAUGUAUUUGUAUACCAAAGAUUUUUAUUUUAAGAUGCAAUCUUGAUUUGUUGUGUAAAGCUGAAAUUUAGAGGAACAUAAACUGCAGGAUACUAUAUCAAACGUAAAAAUAGUGCAAUGCAACAUAAAGCUUGACCGCUGUAGAAUUUUUAACUCAUUUUAUUGUUGUUUUGUUCAUAAUUUUAAAUAAUGAUUCCGUAAAUCAAAAAUUUUAAUUUGUGAAAGUGCGAUAACAAGAGUUAGUCCACAAUUAUAAUCCAUAACUAAAGGUUUAUAUGUU